AUGGCGCGGCCACAGCAACGGUACCGCGGCGUGCGGCAACGCCACUGGGGAUCCUGGGUCUCCGAGAUCCGCCACCCGCUCCUGUGCGUAAGCGUAACCCUGCAGCCACGUGCUUCUUGGCUGGACUGGACUGACCAUGGCGGCGUCGUGAUUGUUGGAUUCUCUGUGCGUGCGUGCAGGAAGACGAGGAUCUGGCUGGGCACCUUCGAGACGGCCGAGGACGCGGCGCGCGCCUACGACGAGGCGGCGCGCAUCAUGUGCGGCCCGCGCGUGCGCACCAACUUCCCCGAGGACGCCGCCAGCGACGGGCAGCAGCUGCAGGCCGCGUCGUCGUUCCUCUCCCCCGCGCUCGUCGCCAAACUCCACCGCUUCAAUCUCGCGUCCGUGCAGGCGGCGCGCGGCAAGGCCGACGCUGCCUCGGCCGCAGCAGCAGCCGCCGCCUCGGCGCCCGCCGUGCUCCCGCGCAUCGCGGCGAUGCCUGCCGGCAAAGCCGCCAUGGGAAUCGCCCCCUCGCCGUCGUCGGCGGCGGCGGGGGACUGUAGCGGCGGGUUUCUUGAGGAGCAGUACGUGGACCAGAUGAUCGAGGAGCUGCUAGACUCCAACUUCUCCAUGGAGAUCUCCUACUAG